AUGACAACCUACGCUGAUACCGGUUGGGCACGUUCUCCGAAUAUCUCCGGGGCCACCCCCGCGAAGAAGAUCCGAAACCGUCAAUCUGGCACUCCAUGGACUCGCUCGGGAUGCAUCACCUGCAAAAAGCGCCGCAAAGGUUGCGACAAAGCCAAACCGAGCUGUAACAAUUGCCUUAAGCAGGGUCGAACCUGCGAAGGCUAUGGAGAUCUCUGGGUGCAACCGUUGGGCCCGUCAGCGCAAGUCUUCAACCAAGCAGACGAACAAAAACGACGACGGCUGAGUAUUUCCACGCCGUCUCAGCUCAUGUCCCCGGCACCAUCGCCCUCUUCAGAUUCAUGGAUGUACAUGCAACCUUCGCCUACUACAAUCUCGCUCUCCCCGAGUCCAUCUCAACCUUCCUCGCCACGAGGACGAAUCAUUGAUCUGGAGGAACGACCAGACCACGGAAACCAGAUCGAUGAACACACGACACCUCCAUCAUGGAUCCAAAGCGAUAUUCUGACAAUGAUUCCACGGCAACACAGCUUUAUCAGCCACCUAGGCGACCGUGAGACUCAUUACCUGCAAUACCACGUGGAAUUCGGAUCUCGACUUCUCGCCAAUCUCGAAAGUGACGAUAACCCACUACGGUCCCUACUAAUUCCUCGCGCAAUAUCCUCACCCCUUCUAAUGAAGGCAGUUUGCGCGGUCUCUGCUCUUCACCUUGCCAACCGCUCGGCGGGGUUCAGCGCACAAACUGCCGCGGCAAGUUUCUACGGCCGAGCUCUCAGCGGUAUCCGGACAGCGAUCGCCGAAAGCUCUACAAAUGGUCUCUCCGAUGAUACCAUGUUGGCAGUGGGGCUACUGUGCAAGUAUGAAGUUGUUCGUGGAAGUGUGAAGCAAUGGGUGGUUCACCUGAAUGCUUUACAGCGGUUAAUAGCUUCUCGCGGUGGCUUGGUAGCCAUGGACCGGGAUGCAGCAGAAUUUCUGAGAGGCUUAUAUGUUUACGCCUAUAACAUGGCUCGAAUUAGCAAUCGCAAGCGCAUUACUCCUAGCGAGGACUUUGCCACACAUACAGACCUGGGCCCGCCCAGAUUGGACAUAUACAUCGGAUACACCGAGCAGAUCUUGAAUCUCUGCGCAAGCAUCGUCGAACUUCCCACUCUACAAAAUGACCUGAUUUCUCUUCGCCUCGCAAUAGCCUCCAUAAACGACUCCCUCCUCACGUGGUCCCAUACCAACACCCGCUAUAUCAUCCCCCAGGGACUAACAACCGAAACCCUAAGCCGCCUCCAACUCGUCGCAGAAUGUUUCCGCGACGCAGGAUUCGUAUACCUCCACUCCAUCCUCGAACGCAUGCAAACCCAAACCCAACCCCAACCCCAACCACGAACAACCGCCGAUACCCCCUACCUCGCCGAAACCGAAAUCGAAUUGACUUCAUUAAUUUCCAUACCCAAAGCGAUCGCCGUUGAUAGAUGUCUCUCGCGCAUUGGAUCACUUCAUCUGGACGACCACUGCGAGUACUCGGCACUCACAUUCCCGCUAUUCAUCUCAGGCUGCGAGAGCGAAGUCUUUGCGCACAGAGAUCUCGUCGUCAAUUCACUGGCGAAGCUGCAGAGUAAUUUCGGCAUUGGGAAUACUCAGCGCGCGAAAGAGGUAUUAAGGAUUCUGUGGUCGAGAAGAGAUGCCUAUACUCGAAACCCGGCUGGCAAGAAGAUGGAGAAUGUGCAUUGGUUUGAUAUUCUGGAGGAAUUGCAAUGGGAUUUGACACUUGCGUGA